AAUCCUGUUGCUCACUGCUGGUCUGAACCGACUCAUCAUAAAAAGAAAUUCUGCACCGUUUGCCGUCGACGAUUAGAUGACAGUCCCGCUGUGCAUUGUUUAAUUUGCGAAUAUUUCGCACAUAUUGAGUGCCAAGAUUUUGCUGUGCCUGAUUGCACUGAGAAUGCGACGUACGUGCCUGGCAAGGAAUUGCAGAGUGUAAAACAUCAGCAUCACUGGCGGGAGGGCAAUCUACCACCGACGUCCAAAUGCGCCUACUGCAAGAAAACGUGCUGGUCAUCGGAAUGCCUGACAGGCUACCGCUGCGAGUGGUGUGGCAUGACAACACAUGGAGGAUGUAGAAUGUACCUGUCGACCGAAUGUAAUUUUGGUGUACUCCAACCAAUCUACUUAUCCCCACAUUCGGUCUCUAUACCGCGCACCGAGGUGCCAAUUGAAGCUAUCAUAGGCGUACAAGUCAAAUCAAAAACUGCAUUAGUACGAGACUACUCGUGUCGUAAGUAUAUAUACAUAUACAUACACAUAAUUAUAAAAUAAUAAAUGUAGCAUUU